AUGAGUGAUCAGCGGGGGGUGGUGGGCUUGCUCCCCAGUGCCAACCCCAGCAUGCCCCUCCAGAGGCACAGGGCAUCCUCCCGGGGCCCACGGUCAGCAUCCCCUCUGGAGAGGCCCCCAGCCUCCAGAACCAAUGUUGUGGGCAGCCUUGUCCGCGCCCCUGGGGUCUAUGUAGGAAUGGCACCCAGUGGGUGCAUAGGUGGCCUGGGUGCUCAUGUGACUCGCCGGGCCCUGGGCAUCAGCAGCGUCUUCCUUCAGGGCCUGCGGAGCUCAGGCCUGGCCAUGGUGCCGGCUCCAUGCCUGGAUACUGACCACGCUGCCGGUGAGGACCUAGGGGGCUGCCUGGUGGGAUACAUAGCCAAGGUGCAUGCCCUUGAGCAAGUCAGCCAGGAGCUGGAGACAGAACUACGGAUUCUCCUGGAGAGCAAGGCCAAGUGCUCAGGAUGCUGGGGCACCCUCCGGGCCUCCUGGGCCAGCAGCUGCCAGCAGGUGGGUGAGGCUGUCUUGGAGAACGCUCGGCUCAUGCUGCAGACAGAGACCAUCCAGGCAGAAGCAGAUGACUUUAAAGAGAGAUAUGAAAAUGAGCAGCCAUUUCGAAAGGCAAUGGAAGAGGAAAUUAGCUCUCUGUAUAAAGUCAUUGAUGAAACUAAUUUGACAAAAACAGAUCUGGAGGGUCAAAUAGAAAGUCUGAAAGAAGAACAUGACUUUCUGUCAAGGAGCUAUGAAGAGGAUGUGAAGAUGUUGUACAAACAGCUGGCAGGGUCUGAGCUGGAACAAAUGGAUGUUCCCAUUGGCACCGGUCUGGAUGACAUCCUUGAAACAAUCAGAAUUCAGUGGGAAAGAGAUGUGGAAAAAAACCAGGCAGAGACAGGAGCUUUGCUCCAAGCCAAGCAGGACUCGGAGGUGGCCUGCGUGUCCCAGACCCAGGAAGAGAAGCUGGCUGCAGCCCUCAGAAUAGAGUUACACAACACCUCAUGCCAAGUCCAAAGCCUCCAGGCUGAGAUGGAAUCCCUACGGGCUCUGAAACGAGGCCUGGAGAACUCGCUGCACGACGCCAAGCACUGGCACAACAUGGAGCUGCAGAACCUGGGCGCCGUAGUGGGCAGGCUGGAGGCGGAGCUCCGCGAGGUCCGCGGGGAGGCCGAGGAGCAGCAGCGCGAGCGCGCGCACCUCCUGGCUCACAGGGCCCAGCUGCAGAAGGACGUGGCGUCCUACUUGGCGCUGCUGGACCGAGCUGACAGCGGGUAG